CGGCGAUGGCGGCGGAGCGGGGCCGCCUGAGCUUCCCGGGCGGCGCCGGGGUAUUGAGCCGCCCAGUGCCCAUGAACCUAUUCGCCACCUGGGAGAUCGACGGCUCCAGCCCCAGCUGCGUCCCCAGCAGGGUCACACCAAAAACGACUGAGGUUUGGCAGGUGACAGCGACAAGAGUUCUUGAAGUGCUACCGUCUUUGCUUGGUUUAGGGAGAAACAAAUGAAAUAGGAGUGAAAUCACCAAGUGUGCCAAGUUGUGUACCUUGACUUUAAAGAAACUGGUCGUCUUAAAGGAAUUGGAUAAGGAGCUCAUUUCUGUGGUCAUUGCAGUCAAAAUGCAGGGCUCGAAGCGAAUACUACGGUCUCAUGAAAUUGUGCUGCCACCAAGCGGACAUGUGGAAACUGAACUUGCACUAACUUUUUCACUACAGUAUCCUCACUUCUUGAAAAGAGAAGGCAACAAGCUUCAGAUCAUGCUGCAAAGGAGGAAGCGAUACAAAAACCGAACGAUUCUGGGCUACAAGACUUUAGCAGUGGGCUGCAUCAACAUGGCCGAGGUGAUGCAGCACCCGACUGAAGGAGGCCAGGUUCUGAGCCUUUUCAGUAACAUCAAGGAAACCACGGCCAAAGUAGCAGAGAUCUGGAUCUUCUCACUGUCUAGUCAGCCAAUAGACCAUGAAGACAGCACCAUGCAGCCUAGCCAGAAGAUCAAGUCCACAGAUAACUAUUCUGAAGAAGAGUAUGAGAGCUUCUCUUCCGAGCAGGAAGCCAGUGAUGAUGCUAUCCAUGGACAGGAUUUGGACGAUGAUGAAUAUGAGCUGGGCAAGCCAAAGAAACAGCGGAGAUCGAUAGUAAGAACGACGUCCAUAACCAGGCAACAAAACUUCAAGCAGAAAGUGGUGGCGUUGCUGAGAAGGUUUAAAGUAUCUGAUGAGGUUCUGGAUUCAGAGCAGGACCCAGCAGAGCAUGUGCCAGAAGUGGAGGAAGACUUGGAUCUUCUGUACGAUACAUUGGAUAUAGACAACCCCAGUGACAGUGGCCCUGAAAUGGAAGAUGACGACAGUGUCCUCAGCACUCCUAAACCAAAGUUAAAGCCAUAUUUUGAAGGCCUGUCACACUCCAGCUCUCAGACAGAAGUUGGUAGCAUCCACAGCAUCAGAAGCCAAAGAGAGCCAUCAAGUCCUGUAGAAGUGCCUGAAAAGACGAAGAGCCUUGGAAGCAAACAUCCAGGCGACAGUAUCUCUGACACUGUGUCUUACGAGCCUAGCCAGCAAGACUCCCAGGAAGCAGAACUCUCCACACUGGAUGUGUUCAUUGAGAAGCUCCCACCAAGUGGAAAAAUCACCAAGACAGAGUCUCUCAUUAUUCCUUCCACCAGCAGGCCAGAAGGGAAGCAAACUGGUCGCCGUGGCAGAAGCACUUCACUGAAGGAAAGGCAGCCAGCGAGGCCACAGAAUGAGAGGGCAAACAGCCUGGACAAUGAGCGCUCUCCAGACACCAGGCAUCACCUGCAGAUUCCAAGGAAAACUGUAUACGAUCAGUUGAAUCACAUCCUGAUUUCUGAUGACCAGCUACCAGAAAACAUUAUUCUUGUCAAUACUUCGGACUGGCAAGGCCAGUUUCUCUCAGAUGUCUUGCAAAAACAUACCCUCCCUGUGGUCUGUACAUGCUCUUCUGCUGAUGUGCAGGCGGCUUUCAGUACAAUUGUCUCCAGGAUACAGAGAUACUGUAAUUGCAAUUCUCAGCCUCCAAACCCCAUUAAAAUUGCAGUGGCCGGAGCCCAGAAUUACCUCAGUGCUGUGUUGAGGCUCUUUGUAGAACAGCUGUCUCACAAAACCCCGGACUGGCUCAGCUACAUGAGAUUUUUGAUCAUCCCACUAGGUUCUCAUCCAGUGGCGAAGUAUCUAGGCUCUGUAGAUUACAGGUACAACAACUUCUUCCAAGACUUAGCCUGGAGAGAUUUGUUUAAUAAACUUGAAGCACAGACCACUGUUCAGGAAACACCAGAUAUUGUCUCCAGAAUAACCCAGUAUAUAGCCGGGGCAAACUGUGCACACCAGUUGCCUAUUGCAGAAGCAAUGUUGACAUACAAACAGAAAAGCCCUGAUGAAGAAUCAUCCCAGAAGUUCAUUCCCUUUGUUGGGGUGGUAAAGGUUGGAAUAGUGGAACAGUCCUCAGCAACAUCAGGUGAUUCCGAUGAUGCAGCUCCCUCUAGUUCCAGUGUCCUUUCCUCUACCCCGCCUUCUGUGUCUCCUGCUGUGAAGGAAGCUUCUCCCACCCCACCUUCCUCGCCAUCUGUCACGGGCAGCUUCUCUUCCUCCAGCCAGACCCUUGGUGCUGAGCUGAUGGGACUGCAGGUGGAUUACUGGAUUGCAGCUCAGCCCAUGGAGAAGAAGAGAGACCCAGAGAAGAAGGACCCUUCCACUGCCAAAAACACACUCAAAUGCACUUUCCGGUCUCUCCAGGUCAGCAGGUUACCCACGAGUGGGGAGACCACCAGCUCUCCAACGAUGUCAAUGACAGUUGUGACAAAGGAAAAGAACAAAAAGGUGAUGUUUUUGCCCAAGAAAACAAAAGACAAGGAGAUUGAGUCUAAGAGUCAAUGCAUUGAAGGAAUUAGUAGAUUGAUUUGCACAGCAAAACAUCAGCAGAAUAUGCUGCGGGUCCUAAUUGAUGGCGUAGAGUGGAACGAUGUGAAGUUCUUUCAGCUGGCAGCACAGUGGUCCUCCCAUGUCAAGCACUUUCCCAUCUGCAUAUUCGGACACUCCAAACCUAACUUCUAACCGCUUUCAGCAGGGCGGCUUUCUGCCUGUAUGGAGACUGCACACCCGGAGGCAGGAAUCUGAGUGCCAACUCUGACUCAAGUCUGCUUGCUCUCUCCUGCAGAUUACUUACAGAUGCAUCUGGAUUACUUCUGAAUUACUUUUUUCUAUUAAUUCUUAAGUUUACUACAAGGGAAGGAAACCCCUUGAACAAAGCAAAAAACAGUCUUAAGUAGAAAUGUGCCGAUAACAUGGAAAUUACUGGGAGAACCUCCAGAACUGGGGUGACCUACCGAAGAACUUAAGAGCAGAUAGCUGGAUAACUGCACUGCUUAUUAACCUGAAACCUCCUGGGUGUGUUUGCGGCUGGGUGUUCUGGAUUGGGCUUGAAUGGUUUUUGAGGGGCGAGUGGGAGGUAGUGGGAGAAUUGUGUUUUUAAAUGUUUAACUCUUCCGCACCCCACCACCACCCUGACUUCACAUGAAGAAAGUAGAGCCUGGUUCAUCACCAGAUAGUUCAGGUACCAAGAAUGUGAAAUGCAUUGCACUGUCUGCCAAAAACCAAGCUAAUAACUGAGGGAAACCCCAGGAUUCUCCACAGGUGAAGAAAUGCCAGAGGGUCAUUGUUUUAAGGCCAGCUACUGAAAUGAGCAGGCAUGUUCACUCUCGUGCCUGAUUCAGGUUGGGCGGAGACUGAAAUACAAAGUAUGAAAUGUCUGUCUGAGGAAUCCCACUGCUCCAAUAACCCAACCGAGCCAGUCACAACACCCCUGGAGCUGGAUUUGAAGGACACCAGUUCAGUGGGGUUGUUGCUAUUUAGAUUUUCAUACAGAUUAUGUACAUCAAUAAAACCUUGCCCGGCCUCUCAAGAGAAUGGAUUUUUACAGGUGCAGAUUUUUUUUAAUGCUUUUAAAAAAGAUUAAGUUGCUAAAAAAAAAGAUAACAGGAAAGAUGAGCUGCUGUCUAAUGAGUCAGGCAUUAGUGUACUGGCUAGUUCCUGUGCCCCUUGGGCCCUUACACAUGAGCUGCUGCAUUUUACACCCGCACAGCAAAAGCACACAUGCAUGUGAAAGCACAUACAAUACCAGCUCACAGCAAAUGUGCCACCUGCAUACGUACAUCUUCUAGGCAGUGUGUACAAGGUUCCCCCCUCACACUCCAGAUGGGAAUCUCUUGUUUGGGGGCCCCCUCCAGCCAUGCGAGGAGCUGCUGCUGCUGUUUCCGAGGCAGGAGGCCAGGUAGCAAAGUCAGCUCUGACAGCAGAGACAGAGAACUUCGGCUUGUCUGGACUGCGCUGGAAUGCCUCAUGCAUGGAUUGUGUCAUCUGAGGGGUCUCUCAACUAUUCUAGUUCUUUGACUCCAGCACAAUGCACCGUUAGCCAGCUGGGCCACGUGCCGGCUUAGGAUCCAUCCUCCAAGGGGCCGAGGGGCCUGCCACAGAAAAUGAGGGUGGAGGAGUCACUCGGUGCCCCUGUCCUUCCUGAAGCUAGCAGAACCCGCCAUUCAGGGAUUAAGGAUUUACUGUGCAAAACCAGCCAGUGCCUGUGUGAAAUGCACUGGCCACUAUAGCCCUGCCCCUGAGCACUACUGCAGCUUAUGAGUGGGAAGCUGUAAGCUAUGUAUGUUCUCCCUUCCCCCUCACCUAAAAUAUCACUGUGCCAGCCCAUUCCCAGGGUAUACUAAAGCAGCCUGAAGGUUGCUCUGAUUUACAAUGUCAGUAGCCCUACAGGGCUGCGUCAGCAGCAGGGGAUCUCUGGAGCCAAAGGAGGCUCAGCUACAGCUUUCCCCAUGUCUCCCACUCACAUUGGUAGCUGGGUGUGUGGAUGGUGUAGGAGCUACUACAGCAACUCACCUUGCUGGGAAUCCUGCCCUGGCUUUAGGACGGAGCUUUGCUCUGCUGAAGGGUCAUCAAGGUGCUCUAACUGGAGGAACAAGGCUCUGAUCCGUCUCACCACAGGCUUAACCUGGUUUAGCUCCCUGGAGUUGAGUGAAGCCCUCCUGUACCGGGCAUGCUGCACACUACUCUUCUGGCAGCUGCACGUGGACUGAAAUUGCCAGGGGUGGAGCCUUUGCUUUGCCCAGAAAUCCUCCCCCAUCAACCCUGCAAGGAAUCACACUACAGCAAAGCCUGACAGCUUUAGUUAUCUGUAACCCUGCUCUACUCCUCCAGGGGGUCCUAGGGCUGUAUCUGUGGGGCUCCCCUGGCAAUACAAUUCCAGGGAGGAGCCUCCAUGCAGAUGUUCCAAACCCAGUGGCUGAGGAGCUAGAGCUUGUUUGCUUUGCAGAGGAGCCAGCACUCCACCCUUGAAAUGAGCAGGGUGCAGCUGCAUAAGGGGAGCCUCCUGGGGGUUCCAGUCUCAUGGGCAGGCGUUUGCACUGCUCAGGCCCAUUUUCAGAGACCCCCAGAGUGGCUCCUUCUCCCGCCCUCUCAAAGGGACAGCAAUACGUUAAGCAUUUUUCAGAGUCCAAAUGUUCUGGGAUAGUGACUGACUGAACGAAGAUUUGCAAAUGGCUGUGGAGCCUGUUCCACCUUGUGUGUAGGUCACACCCUGGGUAGGCGUGUCCUGCAGGAAGGGUUUCAUUGACUUGGGCAGGACUUCAGUGGGCACUGGGUGUGUGUUCAGCUAACGGCCCUGCUGAAGGAGUGAGGGUGACUGGCCCUAAAUGAGAACUGUGCCUCCCUCCUCCCCUUCACAGUAAAGACGAGUAUCUGCAGAGCAAACAGUACAUGCACCUUCCCCUCACUGCUCAGUCUACUGGUUUAGAUGCGUGUUUAAUAAGAAAGAAACUUUCUAGUGCGAUUUCAGCCAUGUCCAGGAAUCAACUCUCAUCAGACUGGCAGAGUCCUCAGCAGCCCAGCAAUACAUUCCUCUGAGGAGUCGGGCAGGUCAGCGCACAGAUCCACACAUGAACGCUGAUGCAGCUGUUGGGGGGUUACUGUAAACUAUUCACUUGCUUAUGGCAGCCCUGAGGAGAGGGUAGGUUUCCCUCUAACACUUUGUAACGGGGCAGAAAGAAUCUCUAGCUUCAGCAUAGUGUCGGCUGGCGCUUAGGAUCUUGCAAGGAGGCUUGUGACUUGCUCUGGGAUAGUGCAGCAUUGCCUGGCAGCCACAGCUUAGGAAUGAGCACACAAGCACAUCAGUGCUCUUUAUUGAAGCUGUUGCCUCAGGACAAGCCUUUUAAUGAAGUCAGCGGUUCAGGUUCUUCCUUAAAUCCCUCUUCCCUGUGCAAGUAGAGUGACUGAAAUCCAGUCUGAUUUCAGUCCCACAGCUUAUUCUACACCAGCACUGACAGAGAUCCUUGCUUGGCUUUCAUGGCCCCUGCAGCUCUGGAGAAGGCUUGGACUGGCCAUUUGCAAUAACUUUGUUUACCGGGGCAAUGAAGGAUUUGACGCUUUGCUCCUCUUUGUAUUUCAACCUACUGUAGAGAGACAAACUGUAGCCAGUAUGGGACUUCAUGGCUCCUCCUUAUCAAAUGUAUGUUGCCCCCGUCUUACCGUGUGUAACAUUUCAGGUGGUUAGUUCUUUAUUUUAAUUACAUUUUAUGAAAUCUAAUUCACCAGGAAACUUUCUGCCUGCUUGGUACCCAAGCACUUGCAGACAGCAGAGUUUGUUUCCUCUGGCAAGCUGCUAUUUGGCAGCACAGCCAUCUGCAGUGGGCUCUCUGCGGUAGCAAGGCUUCCAAAGAAACUCUCCUUGAACCCCCAGGCUGGAGUUUGCCAGGUGGCAGGACUGCACUGAUCUUGGGAAAGCUUCAUUCUUGGUGGUUUGUCAUGGGGCUGCCCUGCCUCAUAGCCAACGGUUGGAGUUAGAUUCCCUGGGCUUUUCCUGGGAAUGUUUGUUAAAGUUUUAUACAGUGGUUACUUUCUCUGAGCUUCUUCACACAACUAACUUCGUCUCUGACCACUGGGAAAACAUUCUGGAAGUUUGAGAGCCGAAGCUGUGCCAUAACCGAGUUACAGCAAUUGAGCUGUGCAGACAAUGGGCUGCUCCACAGGAUAAAGCAGUGGCAGGACCCUCCUCCCAGGGUGAGCUGAGCUGAGCUUGGAUCUCCCACAUGGUGCUCUUCAACCAACCACCAAUUCCAGGGUUCACAGGAAGUCACUCUGAAGAACUGGUCUGUGUGACAGCUUGCUGUGACUAUACCAUUGGACACUCUGGGGCAGAGCUGACUAAUGGGGGGAGGUGCCAGUUCUUGUGCCUGAAAAGGGGCCAUCAGGAUAUCGGGGGGCUGCUUAAUUGCCUUUGCCAUGAUGAGUGCAGAAAACUGACCCUAAUGGAGCAAGAAACCCAGCACAGCCCCAGUUUUAAAACUCUUUAUGGAAUAAUGAAAAGAGACCUCCACAGGCCUCCACCAGAGUGUGACUCAAAGAAGGAAACUCAUUUGCUUUAUCUCAUUGGCCUGAUCCAGCCUGUUUUAACCGGAAAUCUAGAUGUCGCUUUUACUUCGGCCCCUGGAUUUCUAGCAGUGAACAGGCAGAGGGGUGGAGACAGAGCUGACUGCCUAGUUUUCAGCUGGUUGCAUGCCACCUCGUCACCUGUAAACCCCCCCCCCCUUCCCUGCAGGAGGCCAGGAGACUGCAGCAAUCCCAGUGCAAGUGGGAAUGUACUGUAGUAGCAGAUACGUUUGAUUCCCAUUACACACUGACCCAGGCCCCGAUACUGACUGACUGCUCCAUGGAGCCCCAAACUGCGACUCCAGCACUUUCCUAUUGGCAAAGCUGACGUUCCCCUGUACUGGUGUUCUCUUGGGAAAACUGGCCCCAGCCCUUCCUUGGAGGUGGGAUCUAAGGAGGCAUCCCUAGUAUGCUGGCCAAGAAUUGGAGCUCUAGUUUUACACUUCCAUGGCUAAAUGAAAUGCAGAAGUCCACCAUGGCAAGCCAGGGAAUAUCCUUACCCGUAUUGAAUGCUUGCUGGGCUUGCAUUUGUUUUUCUUUGCCCUAAAGAAACCAGCUGCUGGAGCAGCAGUAUUCACUUAACCUCUGGCUUUCCAUUAAUUUCACCUGCAGUUAUCAAUUGCAUAUAAUCCAAUCACAUUUUUCUGAUCAACCCAACAACAGCCCCGUUGAGCCAUUUAUAUCUCAAAUUUAAGUAUAAAAUUCCUCUAUUACCUUAGUUUGAGGAUACUUAUCAACCUCCCUUUGGCUUCAUUUGCUGCUUUAAAUAGCAAGCCUUGUUGUCAUGUCCUAGAGAGGGUAUCUGAGGGUGGAGUAGUAGAAUGGGAAGUUUUUGUGGUUUCAUAUACAAUUGCCAUACCCACCUGUAGGCCGUUGACCCAGCUAAAAACCAAACUGACCAGCAUUGUUCUAUUAAUGUCACUAAAACACUCUUAUUGUCAUGUAUGUCCUGUUAGUCUUUGGCUAGCUAUCAUUACCAUCUUGGAUCAGUCUGGGCAGGUGUUUAAUACCAAGAAAACAUUCUAAGAUGAUUUCAUUUUGAGGAUUCAAGAAAUAGUACCAGAUGCCUUGAAACCUUGUAAGCAAAACAUCUUGGUGAGACUAGAGAGCCUUUAUUCUUUCCCUGUAGUUCGAAGUACUGAAAAGACAGGGGCUUCUCACUGUCAGAUGGGAGCUUUGUUUCAGCUCAGAUCCCAGGAAUGUAAAGUCUGAAAGAUCUUGGCAAUAGGAACAUCUUGGGGUGUUUUCUUUCUUCAUAUUGUUUGCUUAGAGAUACUGAGAUUACAAACCCUCCAUUCAGUGCACUUCUGUAUCCUGGCCAUUAGAACUGUGGGGACUCGCUAAAACUCUAGCAUGAUCUUCCCACUGGGAUGCCCAGUAUGAGAGGUGACUAUCUGAGCACAGCAUCUCCCACAGACCUUCAUGAGGUUCCUUUGGCAAGUUCCUUGCAAAGUCAUGGGAGAACUGGAGUGAUGAGCUCUCUUGGGUUUCCGUGAAGGCUUUAGGACUUGAUGCUAGAGAGGAGGAGGAGGAGCCAUAGUUUUGCAAGUAGCAGGAUGUUAAUUCCUUUAAAAGGAAGCACAUCAAAAAUCCCUGUCAGGUUGACUUUCCCUUCCCUACAGCCUGACAGAAGGAAUCCCAGAACUUAGUGUGUCUGACUCGCAUGCUAGCGUGUCUUUACUCAGAGCACUCUUUAGGAAGCACCUUGCUAAGUGUGGGUACAUUAGUGUGUGAAAUUGUCACAUGUGCUGCAAGCACUGCUCAGACGAUGUCAAAUGAAGGGAUGUUACCACUGUAGAUUUCUAAGUUGUCCAUCUGUUUUGUUGUAUUGUUUGGGUUUUAGGUUUUAUAUGAAGACAAAUUAAAUGUAAAUAGCCUUUUUUGGAACGAACUGCAAUGUGCGCAACCUCAUCAACUAUUUUAUGGUACUAAUGCAACACUAAUAAAACUGGACAUGA